AUGUCACAAAAUCAAACGAAUAUACCACCAUCCACAUCCACCGGUUCACUGUCAUCAUUCAUCAACAGUAAUAGCAACAACAACAACAACGGCAAUACAACGAAAUCAGUGCCUUCGUCAAGUUCGAAAAAACGUAAAGCAUCGCCAUCACCCAUUACAAAGGAAAGGAAACAAUCUGUACCUAUAGACCCUUCGACAGACGACGAUGCAGCUUCAACAGUCUCGCGGAAUCCGAGAGAACCGAAAAGGACAAGGGUACAUUUCAGUUGUGUAGAAUGUCAUAGGAGAAAGCAGAAAUGUGAUAGGAAAGAACCUUGUUCACAAUGUGUUGCGAGAAGAGUACCUCAUCUUUGUAGACCGUUCUUGAACGGUGUAGAGGAUCCUAAUAGCAACUCUGACGUUCACGCCCGAUUGAAUACUAUCGAAUCCCUGCUAUCUCGGCUCGUGACAGCUUUACCUCAAACAGGUCCUAGUCGUUCGAAUGGAAACUAUGUACCUACCGACGCUUCUUCUCCUGAUGUAUUGACACUCACUGCAUCAGGUGAAGAGAUAUUCCAUCCUCACGCUACACCACCCAACGAAGCUUCCCAACCUAGAGUUCCAAUGCCACAUAAACCACCUCCUUCAGGAUUGUUCCCUGCACACAUGAAUUACUCGACUCCGCCCGGAAGGACAGGGUUCGGGUGGGGAUUAAGAGAAGGUAGAAGGAUAUCGUUGACAACUGAGGAGAAUCAAGAUCUGAGAGAUAUAUUACAGACUUUGAAAGAAAGUGGAGUGGGAAAAUGUCAUUUGGAAUGGUUAAUCGCAGGUGUACCAGGUAGAAGAAUGGCUGAUGGUUUGGUAGAAUUGUAUUUCCGCUGGACAAGGUAUAAGAUGAACAAAGCAAGUUUCAUGAGACGAUAUAACAAGUUCUUCGAUCAUAUAGGGAGAAAUCCUACAUGCCCCAAGGUAGAUGCGGAUACCUUGAAAUGGUUACCCUUGAUGUUCAUCGUGCUCGCAAUCGCUACUCUAUCCGCUCCUCAUGAGCUCGUCCCGAGGGAUGAGCAGCUUGGUUGGUCGAGGAGAUUUUAUGGUUCUGCAAGGAGUGGAUUGGAAUAUGCCAAAGCAUUACAACGAGAUAACUUGGAUGUUCUUUUCGCCGGUCUUCUUGCUUCCAGAUACAUGUUACUCACGCGUCGACCUGCGGAGGGUUCUACUCCUCUAACCACUGCUUUCCAAGUCGGUCUAUAUAGAGAUGGUACUGUCCUUAAUAUCACAGAUAAAAGGGAAGUUGAGAUUCGAAGAAGAGCAUGGUCGAUGUUGUAUCAUCUCGAUAGAACAAUCUCUUUAUUAGUUGGCAGACCAGCAAGUAUAAGUGAUUCACAUACAGAUACUCAGAUACCGGCAAAUCUAGAUGAUGAGGAAGUUGAAAAUGGUGAUUUCGAUCCUGCAGGACAUCCAUUGACUAAACCUACUCAAUACACCUAUGUCAUAGUCAGACACAAAUUAGCAGAAAUAAUGGGUAGAAUAGCGUAUCAUACUUUCGCCAUUCAAUUACCUGAUUACGCAGUGGUCCUUAAUCUCGACAGGGAACUAUUAUCUUGGAAAGAUGCUUUACCGCCCUUCUUCUCAAUGAGCAACCCCGACACUUCACUUGAUGCUACACAUCCGUAUUUGUUCGUUCAGAGACACUUAUUAGCUUGUGAAUGGUAUUACACUAGAAUCACGCUGAACCGGCCUUACCUCCUAAGACGAAAACCCCAAGAUAGUAGAUAUGGGUACUCGAAGAACGCAGCUAUCGAGUCUGCUCGAGCAGAUCUACUCAGCAGAAGAUCGUUUGUCAUGGAGAAGGGUAAUUUGAUAGUCAAUAGCGGUGGAUAUAGAGUGUUGAACUCAUACAUGGUAUUGGGAGUCACCAUAAAGCUGGACCCUGAUUCCCCACAAGCAGAUGAACUUCGCCAACUUCUCAACGUUGUUUCCGGUCGAUCACCCGAUGCACAAGGUCGUAUAUCUGAACCAUUAGUCAAAGAAGAACUAGCAAUCGUUGAGUUUCUCACGGCGAAAUCACAAACUGCCAAAGCUAGAUUACAAGCUCCCUCAUCCAGCUCAGGUGGUGGUACAGGUACAGGUACGAGUGGUAAUGGCGGUAGUGGAUCAGGUGGAAGUGGGAAUAAAGAAGAGGAUCAAACACCUGUUGAUUUGUUACUUGGAUUAGCCAAAACACGAUCUGGUAAAAGAGCAGCGGAAGAAGAAAAGAGACAAUUACGUUUACAGGCUUAUAGGGAAAUCGAAGAACAACGUCAAGCUGCAAGAAGGAAUUCAGGUGCUCAGAAUAUAUCCACUAGUCCUUGGGGCUAUAUAGCUCCUUCGAUGCCUGGUUUAGAUGUUCAACAACCUUUCGGUAAUCAGAAUGCUAUCAAUAACGCGAAUACAGAUAAAAGAGUUCCAAGACCAUUACAACCUCCCUCAUUGGGUAGAAGAUCAGAUGGAAGUAUUCCAGAUAGCACAAAUUGGUCGCCUGAAUUAGCAUAUACCUUGACUCAACAACAACAACCACACCAACAGCAGACUCUUCAAGGUCUUCAGCAGCAGCAGCAGCAACAACAACAACAACAACAGUUGCAGCAGCAUCAACAGCAACAGCAACAGUUGAACCAAUUGCAAGCUGGUAAUAACAAUAUGAAUGGACAGAUAGGAUAUAACAGUAACAAUUCAAAUAAUCCUUUGAUAUCACCUGAACUUCACGGUAACCUGAUAUCGCCUUUCAGUAAUCUAUCUUCUUCUGCUCCUCCUCUUAGCGCUCCACAACAACAACAGCAACAGCAGCAGCAGCAACUUCAACAAAUUGAUAUGACCGAUCAAACAAAUUCUUUCUUCCCUGAAUAUCCAGAUAACACGACCAACAUGACCUUACAACAACAACAGCAGAAUCAACAACAGUUUGGUAAUGCAUUAUUAGAUUCAUUUGAUUUCAGUGAUUUGGGUCUGACAACGGGCAGAAAUGAUAAUCUCGGAAGUACACUAGGUACUACUGGGACAGGAAGUGGAUUUAAUCCAUUCGCUUUACCACAAACUGAGGAAGGGAACGAACCGAUGGCAGAAGACGAUCAAACCGUUUUCCUCAAUUACAUCUUGAAUAAAUUCGCAAACGCUCAACCGGAUACUUCGUGA